GCCAAGGAAAACAAACGUUAACGCUACCCUCUGACAAUUUGAGUCAUGUUGGAUAGUGCUAGCCUACCUCUUUGUAGCUAGCUUUUUUGUUUGUUUCUCGAUAUGGAACGGUACGAAAGCAUACUUUCUCUCGGAAGGGGCGCAACAGCUGUUGUGUUCCUUAUGAAGCAUGUCGAAACAGGCAAGCUGUGUGCUGUGAAGAGAAUAGGGAUUGACAGUUCGCAUAGAAGUAGGACAAAAGAGGCGGUUCUGCAAGAAGCCGAGAUACUGAAGAAACUGAAGCAUCCCCACGUUGUCACAUGGAGCGACACUGUUUUUGAUUCAGUGGACCAGUUUAUUUACAUUGUGAUGGACUACUGUGAUGGUGGAACACUGGAUGAACAAAUCCAAGCACGCAGACCCAAUGAUUAUUUCUCAGAGGAGAAGGUCAUGGAAUGGUUUGUCCAGGUCACCAUGGCUGUUAGUUUUAUACACUCAGCAAAAGUGCUUCACAGAGACAUCAAGACUUCCAAUGUCCUUUUAACUAAAAAAGGAAUUAUAAAGGUGGGAGAUUUCGGAAUUUCAAAGAUGAUGACCAAUACAUUGGACCUGGCUUGCACAUGUGUAGGCACACCCAGGUACCUGAGUCCUGAACUUUGCCAGGAUGUCCCCUAUAGCGCUAAAUCUGACAUAUGGGGACUUGGCUGCCUACUUUAUGAGCUAUGUGCUCUCAGACCCCCUUUUGAUGGAACAAACCUCUUGAGUUUGUUCUUCAAGAUCAUUAAAGGUGACUAUGAGCCCGUGUCAGACAGAUACUCUAAAGCUCUCCAUGCACUCAUCAAGGCCAUGUUAAACGAGGUGCCUGAAAACAGACCAAGUGCUAACAGCUUACUGAACUCUGCCUACGUUCAAGAUCACUUAGGUCAUUUCGUCGGGCACCGGGAGACCGAGCUAAGCAAGAUGUGCGGUGACGCCCGAGCCCCACGGAAGCAGGAAGCUGACAAUCAGCAUCAGUGCUCUGGGCAGCAGAGCGGCAGGGCAGCCAGCACGGAGGAUGGUGAUGGUAGUGUUGAUGACGUGGCUGAAGACUCCAUGGGCUCAGACUACUCAGAGGACUUUGAUGAUCAAGACAGCUUGUCCUCCACCGAGGACAGCAUGGACAAGGUUGAGUCCCAUUUACAUGAUCUGUCAGUUGAGGAUGCCCUCAACGACUCAUGUGGUGCAGCUGGCAACACAGACGUUACCGAUUAUCCAGAUGACUUUGAGGAGGUAGAGGAGGAAGAUUUGGUAGACGUGGUCAGUAAUGCCAAAGUUGCCAUGGACAUGUCAGUGGAGGAUGAUGAGUUUGAGGAGGAAGUGCACCUGAAAGAUGCUGGUGGUCUGUCUGUCACCAUGAAAAUCCUCAGAGAGCGGUACCUUGAAGAUGUUGGGCCCUCUCUUUACAAAGAGAUCAGUGGACACUUUGUCAAUGGAUUCACCCCAAAGGACUUGCAGCCACAGUUUGAGCAUAUGCUGGGUACAGAUCAUCUUGAAACUUGUUAUCUCAUAUUUAAUACUGACCACGAGCCUACAUGAGUCAAGGUCGUUUUCACAAUUUCCCCAUAAUGUUUGCCAAGUGAACAGGUCUUUCGUAGGUCAACAAAUUAAGUGUGUAGAUAGUAGUGAUUGUUUAUCGUCACACAUUUAAUCAUGGUGUAAUGUGUUUCUCCAAUCUAGUGUUAAGUAUGUAAAUUAAGUGUUAAUUAUGUAAAUAAUCUGUCAUUUGUGUUAUGAAUAUUUCCAAAGCACUUCCAGGUAUGACCUGUAGGUGUCAUACUGUUGCCAUGGUAUGAAAUCGUGAUGUUAGAAUAAAAGGCAUGCUGAUCUGAAUCGCUUUGGUUGUGAAUGUGAAAUAGGCAUUUUAACUAGCCUUGGAUGAUGUUACAAUUACAUUGAGAUCUCUUCUUGGCAGGCCACUAACAUCUUAAUAAUAUCUAACCGCGUAGAAAGGAGCAAUUUGUU